UCUUUCUCUUUCGAUCCCGAACUCAACUCAAAUUUCCAGCAGUGAUACAAUAUGGCACUGGCGCAACGUACAGUACGUAUGGACCGAGACGACAACGAAUGCAGUUAACCCAUAGAAUUUAAUGCUCAGAUACUGUGCACGGAGCAGCAACGGCCGUCGGCACUUCUGAAGCGAUGAAGGCCACAAUCAAUCCCAACAACGGACUCAAUCCUUUUCUGGCCGACCCGAUGCAGGUGCAUAGCCCAGUGUUCGGCAUGGGACAAUUGGCGUCGGUCACGAAGCUUUCACUGUUUUUGCCUGCAGAUUUUCAUGACUUUUCUCGGUCCGGUCUCGUUCUGGCUCUGGUUUUUGGAUUGUCUCUGGUGAUAUUCCUUGCGUUCUCCAAGACACAAAAGAUGGAGCACAAGCAGAAACAGGAACAGAAGCAACAAUGUUCCGAAUCGCCCGGCCCACUCUGGCCUGUGGUUCCGGGAGCAAGACCUUUCGUUGGAAACACCAUACCCGGUGGAUUCAAAAACAGCACCAUCUGCUUCGAAGACUGGGCCGCCAGGUACGGAGAAAACGGCAUCUUCGAGUGCAACAUCUUCGGCAAAAAGUUGAUCGUCUUGUACAGCGACGAAACCAUCUCGGCACUCGACAAGCACCGGCCAUACGAUAUCAUACGACGAUCCAGAACGAGCGAGGUCUUGGACAGUCUGGGAGCCACGGGGAUUUUCACGGCGGAGGGGGCGCAAUGGAAACGGGAGCGACGGCUGGUCGGCCCGGCCCUGAACCGCAAAAACGUCAAGGACUACGUUUCCGUGGUCAAGCUCGUGGCCUCCCGCUUGGUCCAGAAAUGGGAAGAUGCAAUGGAAAAGGACGGUUCCGUUCUUGCCAACGACGAUCUCCUGUGCUACUCGGUCGACAUUAUAUCGCUGGUGGUAUUUGCGACCGACGUGAACUCGGUGCAAACGGGGGACAAGGGCAUCUGCAGCGAGGUCCAGAACGUUUUGAGCCGCGCCGCGCUUCGGAUCUUUGCCCCCUUUCCGUACUGGAACAUCCCGGUGGUGGGCCAGUACCUGGACGGCGCGGGCUUUUGCGCCGAUCGUGCCAAAGCCACGAUGCGCGGGAUCCUCCGUGACCACGAAUCGCCCCCCCUUAAAGGGAAGGACCACCCGAGAGGCGAGGACGGAACCACGCCGCGUGUUCGGAAGACCUUUCUGGCAAAACUCCUGGCCCUCACGGAGGAGAAGGGCGUGCGCCUUUCGGAGGACCGCGUGAUCGGAAACCUCAUCACGAUGUUUGCCGCGGGGUCCGAGACUACCUCCGUAACCAUCCUGGACUGUAUCUACGAGCUCGCGCUGGACAAGACCCUGGGGGGUUCGCUCCAGGACGAGAUUGCGGGGGAGGUCCUGGAAAUGUUUCGCGGUGCAUCGGGGGGCAGCGGCAACGGCAACAACAACGGCAAGAGCAACCAAACGAACAAAGGAAAGACCGCCGAGGAAACCAUCGAUUUCGAUCGGUUGAACGAAGGAUUGCCCCGGCUGAGGUCCCUUCUGUACGAGGUCCUGCGGGUGAAGGGACCGUCCCCGAUGAACAACGGCGAGGCCCGGACCGACGUCGAGGUCAACGGGAUCGUCUUUCCCGCUGGGACGCAGUUCCUCCUGCUGGCCCGGUACGCCUCCCGGGUGGAGACCUUGUGGUCCGCCUUGCACGGGCGGUCCCUCCCGGGGGGUCCGGAGGGGGCGGGCCCCGGAGCAUUCUGCCCCCGCCGGUGGCUGGUCGUUCCCGGCGGCGGGACCGCUUCCGACCGCCAAAGCAAGCAUCGCAACCACCACCACCACCACGAUGGAAGCUUGCCUCCGGGGGUGGGGGUGACGAAACCGACCUUCCGGAACGGGUUCCGGGCCUUUGGGACCGGGCCGAGGGUCUGCCCGGGCCGGGACCUGGCCGAGGUCGAGGUCCUGGUGAUGGUGUCCUUCCUCCUGAAGAGGUUCGAGGUGUCCCUGGAGGGGGGCCGGUCCCAUCCCCCCAUGGAGUACACCACGAGCGUCACCUUUCGGCCGAGCACCGACGUGAGGCUGGUGUUGGCCCCGCGGUGAGGGAGUUCGGCGGGGACGGGUGCGAUGCGAUGCGAUGCGGUGCCGUGCGAUGCGAUGCGGUGCGGUGCCAGAACACCGUCCGGGAUGGAUUGCAAUUUUUGGUGCGUUUUUGGGAGAAACCGGACGGGACGGCGAUGGCUUGGUGCAAUUCUUGGAAACGAGACGGAAGGAGACCGGAGGAUGGAACAAAGAGUACCGGUCACAGUCAUCCGCAGCAUCCCUGCUUAUGGAGGCCGAAACGAGUCUUUCGAUGGGUCGUCAAUUUUGAAAAAUUUAAUUUAAUUGAGAACAUGGCUGAAACACAGCGCAAUACCACGUUUGAAGACUUUCGAGCGUGAGGAAACAAAUCCAACCGAGCACG